AAAACAUGGAAUUCGGCACCCAGCAAUCGAUAUCCGGCGGCGGUGUGGCAGCACUGGCUAUCAGCUGUUCGCGUAGCGUCAAUUGUUUCUCGCUUUGCAUUUUUUACCUGUUCAUCACAAUAAUAAGGGGCGAAAGAAGGAAAUAGGACACCCAUAUACGCUUCGAAUGCAGCCCGAGACAGUGCAGCCAUGAAGAUUAACGAGAAGAACCUGUAUGUGUUCGCGAGGACGCCGCCCUUUGACAUGGAAGGCUUCCUCAACAAACGGGGCGAGGUCAACAAGGCCUUCCAGCGACGCUACUUUGUGCUGAAGGGCAAUUUGCUCUUCUACUUCGAGUCGCGCUUGGACAAGGAGCCCCUGGGGCUCAUCAUAGUCGAGGGCUGCACCAUUGAGCUGUCCAACGAGGUGGACAACUACUGUUUCGAGAUCGCCUUCAACGGCAACCGCACCUACAUACUCGCCGCAGACAACCAGGAGUGCAUGGAGACGUGGAUGAAGGCGCUUACCUGCGCCGGCUACGAGUACAAGCGUAUCAUCCUAGCCGAGCUGAAGCGCCAGCUGCAAGAGAUGGAGGACUCGAGAAACAAGAUGCUCGGCAGCGCCAUUGACGGACCUCAAAGUGGCUCGGAGAGUGCGAAGCCCAGACCGCCGCCCAGGCGGACGAAUCCAUUCAACAGACCCGCUCCUCCUCCGCCAGACAGCUCGCUGAGGGGCGGGGUAGUCAUGUCGCCCCUGCCAUUUAUCAACGGAUACUUCGGGUCAAGCAACGCGCGGCUGCAGCAGGAGAAACUUAUGAGCAAGCAAGAUGCUAACGGAAACGGAAGCCCCAGUGGAACGCCCAGGGCCCCACGCCGUCCCACACCCGCUCCUGGUAUCGCGAACAGCGUCUUCUAUCCCGACGCCCGGGAUCAGGGAGCGGUCAACAACAAUCACAGCACCAUCAGCGGUGCCGAGCGGCAGCGUCGACAGGUCAAAGCACUGGAGGAGUUUGCACGCAACCACGAGCGCUUUCGCAGGGAACUGAUGCCAGAUGUGUCCGCUUACCGCGAGCGCCAGGGACAGCCACUCAUACAGUUGUGAUCUAGGAGUGGUCUGCGCCAACAAUGUAUUACCCGUUUUGUGCUAAAUCAAAUACGUUUCAAAUGAACUAUGCUUAAUUUCCAUACAUGUUUGUUUCAAUAAACAAAACUUUAGA